AUGGUGCAUCAUGACGUCUUCGCUCCUCCAGCUGAACGGGUCACAUCCCUCCAUCCGCGCUUCUUGGCCGAAUGUCACAGCUUGCUCAAGCCCCGAGCGGACACCCAUACUUCCCGGCUCGAAGCUCUUUCGGCGGUCCUUUCCUCCUCUUCCACAGACACGGAUGCGAAGGCAGUAUGGCUCGCUGAGCCCGGUGCAUCUGCCUUCUACUAUACCGGUGCCUUUUCCAGCUCGGACUGGUUUCUCUCCGAGCGCCCCUUCCUCAUCGCCAUCUCCCCCUCCACCAACUCCUCCUCCUCAGCGGACAUCCUCUUCCUCACGCCUGAGUUCGAAAAACUCCGUGCUCAGCUUCUUCCGCUUCCUCAAGAAGUACAAGCCAGAGUCAGAUGGGUCAGCUGGAGAGAACACGAAUCGCCCUAUCUCGUCCUUGAGCGGGCGCUAGGGCAUCAGACGGCUAUCAUACUAGAUGGACGGGUGCGGGAGUUUGUGGGCGCGGGAGUGCGGAGUGCUUUCGGGUAUGAGGUCGUUCGAGCGGGAGAGGGCAUGAAGGGGGAUGUCCAGGUGUUGAGGGAGAGGAAGGACGAGCGGGAGAUUGGGCUGUUAAGGUGUGCGAAUCAGAUGACUCUACAUGCUAUCCGAAAGACACGGUCCAGGAUGCGGUUCGGGAUCACCGAGUCGCGCACUGGCGAGAUCCUCCGGGCGGAAAUGCGAGCUGUCGGUCUGUCAGGCGGAGAUGGGCUCGUGCUUUUCGGAGAGAAUGCAGCGCUGCCUCAUGGGUCCGGGACGGACCGGAAACUUACCAAGAUGGAUAUGAUCCUCAUUGAUGCGGGAGGCAAGUGGGGAGGCUACGUAGCGGAUAUCACGAGGACCUUCGCCCUCCCCAAAUCCCAAAUCUCAAACCACCAUCUCCGGAUCUGGGAGACUGUCCGCCGUGCCCAACUCGCAGCGCACGAUCGUCUCCUCUAUCCCUCUCAUCACGCCAGUACCAAUACCUCCACCCUCUUCUCCGACCUCGAUAUCGCCGCUCGGGCAGUCAUCUCGCACGCGUACCCCACCGCUUCCCCCGCAGAGCCGUUCGAGCCAGACUACUCUGUCUUCACCCAUCGACUGGGACACGGGAUCGGCCUGGAAGGGCACGAGUCGCCAUACGUCGUACAGGGUCCAUUAGGGUCCGGGGCGGUCCAGCCGGGCCACGUCUUCAGUCUGGAGCCGGGGGUAUAUCUGCCCCGAGUGGACGGGGAGGGGGAGGGGGAGGGGGAGGGCGUGGGCGUGAGAUUGGAAGAUUGCUUCGUGGUCACAGAUCUGGGAGAGGGCAAGUUAGGUGGAAGAUGGUUGAGUGGGCCAGUAAGAAGCUGGGGUGAAGUAUAA